AUGGAGUGGGCAAGGCUUUUGAAUCAAAAGGUGGCCAUGUUUUUAUUGGACUUUGAGAAGGCAUACGACAAAAUUGAGUGGAAGUUUAUCUUCAUGAUGCUUGAAGCCUUCGAUUUUCAUGAUUUAUUCUGCCAUUGCGUUUUGGUCCUCCUUGUGGAUGCCCAUGCUCAGAUUGAAGUUAAUGGAGUUACCUCUCAGCCCUUUAAGCUUGGUAGAUCCAUUAGGCAAGGAUGUCAUCUUGCUCCUGCUCUUUUUGUGAUUGCUUAUGAUGUUUUGUUUUAUCUUCUUAGAGAAAAUUCCCUUUCUCCUAAAGUGAAAGAUUCAGGGGCAAAGAUUUCCCAGGCCAAAUCUACCUUACUUAGCUAG